ACAGUAAACACUGUUAGCUUUUCGUGAAUCACUGACAAGACGUGGAAGUGAAGUCAGUGGUCAGAAAGUGGUCAAGAUGCCUCGGACAUUCCUUGUCCGUCGAGCUGGAGAGGAGAAUAACAGUUUGUGUCAAAAUACAGAAAAUGAAGAGUUAUUACGAGACAACGACAAAGAAAACAUCGGUGACAUUUGCACAGAUGAAAAGACAAAGAUAGCCCCACAAACUACUGGAAUAUCGUUUGACAUUGGGAGUUAUAUUUCCCAGAAUGCACAUGUGACUUCCUGUACAUCAGUCAACACAACGAGCUCUGUAAGCUUACAAACGUGUGCGCCAGACAGACAGUGUCGAGUCGUAGUUAGUAAUAAGGGUGAGGGCAGCUGUAUCAAGAAUGUCCGAGGCGUGGAUGUGAACGACGAGGAAUCCUCAUCUUCUUCAUUUUCAUCGUCCCAACCAGACGACAGUUUGCUGUCCUCCAUAUCGGACACGUCCGAUUUAUGUCAAGACAUUGACUUCUGCACGAGUGCUGACGAGUCCGUGCUCAAGUCGCCCGAACCGCCAUCUUCUUCUGGUUUAGCAAGUCCGCAGCAGACACUCCCGCCCUUUGCCUCGCUUGCUCUCGGUGUGUGUCUCUCGAGUAUGCAAGCCAACUCCAAUUCUACCUCGAACAUGUCUGAUUCCGUUAAAACUGAAAAUGACUUUGGUGUUAAACUCCUUCCGCAAAUGCCUUUAUAUUCACCCGCAAUGGCGACCAACAGAUAUACAGACAAAUUGGCAUGCACAUCCAUGCGUAAUACUACGAGCGUUCCAGUUAUUCCAUUCACAAAUUCAAGUCCCGCGUCUCGAUCUACGCCUAGUAAAGGUUCUACUCGCCAACCUCUUGGACAAGCUCAAUCGUUCUCAACCUCCAACAACAUACUUUCCCCACUUGUGUCGGAACCAAAUAAACAAAACUGUUCGGCGAGACAGUCGCCAAGAUCUGUUAUUAACUAUUUACCCUCAAACAAUACCAAGCAACAGUCAACAAGAAGGAAUAAUUCGCCGAAAAAAACACUUGGGAAGGAUAAUAGAAUAUCUCAUUCCAUCAACACACUAGUUUCGUCUGUGCAACAUACACCUCAGCGUAACGCGUCGCCAAGGAAACCACUUGGAUUGGUUCAUCACAAUUCAAAUAUAAAUAGCAGACACGUGUCGUCUUUUCCUGACGCACUUCAAGUCAACGCCAAUCCUUCGCCAACACUUCGUCUACCUCUUAUAUUACCGCUUGAAAAAGAGAAUGCUGAUAAUACCACUGUAACCCAAAAUCGAAAGAACUUUCAGCCGGUGGCAGAUGGGGCACCACAAGUGAAACUGCCUGUAAAACUUCAAAUGAAACAGUCUGAGCACAGAUAUCACGUGUUUGCCGAUAGUUUGUCGGACAAGGAUGAAUCAAAAGGCUCCAAAAUUUCACAAAGAAACGAAGUCAAACACACAAAGGACAAUUCAUAUGAAAAGCAAGUCACUGCCAAUCCGAAACCAAAAAUAUGGAAUCCGUUACAUCACGUGUUUGACGCAAAGAAAUUUAGCACUCCUGUCCCGGUGCAGGAUAUGGUGAAUUCUUCGCCGUUGACGUCACAUUCGGCCGUGUUCUCGCCUCAAGUACGAUGUAGAGCGACUCAGAACACUGUCACUAGGUGCGCAAGUCCUGUCGAGGUCAGGGAGAUACCAGCUCCAAAGACACUGAUGCACAUCACUAGUUCAGGCUUUCCAUCCAUGAUAUCGCCCUCAGUGACAAGUUCCUCUCUACGUUCAAGGCCCCACACGCCUUCGCUUCUCGAAACGGCUCGAUCGUGUGCUCCUCGUUCAUCGCCAGUGUUGAAUGGCGCAUUAGCGCACCAAAGGCAACAGUACUUGGUCCAAAACUAUCCGCAGGUUUCGCCUGGUCCUCAGCGAGAAUCUACUGUCUCUCCAGCACUCGCAACAGUGCCGCUUCUUCACACUUCACUGCAGCAUCCAGUGGUAUUAGAAAUGCGCCAGAGUCCGAUUCCAGAAGUUUUCAGAGACAAUUUUGACCUGCAAAAACAACCACAUAUGCCCGUGUUUAAACAAAGUUUUCCAGCGCAGCACCGAGUUAAUAUGGCGGAAACAAAGACAAUAUUUUCAACCUCUCCAUUUGCAUAUCAAAAGAUAGAUUCUCAAACCCAAUUCUCAACAAUGCCGGUAAAAAGACCACCAACACCGUUGUUUGGAACUGGAAAACGAUUCAAAUCCGAACAGGGUCAAGCCACUCAAAACCUUCCAUUUAACCCACUGCAACAAUUAGCAUCCGUUUGUGUAGACCAAGGAAAAACAUGGGGAGAUAACCCCAGCAAUGACAGUUCUGGUCAUGUUCCAAUUUUCCCCGCCACCGGAAACAGCCGACAUCUGGAGAUGGUACCCAGUGAUUCCAACUCUAGCGAAAGCAAGACCGAUGAAAAUGAGGAACCUGACCUUGAUUUCGCUGAUUCGUCGUUUUUGAAAAUGUUGCAGGGGCGCCAUGGCUUACAAAACAUCGAAUUCGUCAAUGGUGGAAACGGCAUCAAAAAUCCGUCGUUUGUGGCUCCUAAACCGGCCGACAUCACCAACACCCAUCAAGAUAUACCGACGGUAUUGAACGGGUCCUGUUGCUGCAAGGUCUGCGGAAAGGAAUUCAAGCUGCAGAGACUUCUGAACCGCCAUCUUAAAUGUCACAGUGACGUCAAACGGUUUUUGUGUACGUUCUGUGGGAAAGGCUUCAACGACACAUUCGACCUGAAACGUCACACGAGGAUACACACAGGGGUGAAGCCGUACAAGUGCCUUCGUUGUGACAAGUCGUUCACUCAGCGCUGUUCCCUGGAGUCCCAUUGUCGGAAGGUUCACAACACGGAAUAUGACUACGAAUACAAACAACGCCGAAACAAGAUGUAUGUGUGCGAGGAGUGUGGUUUCUCGACUGACGAGGCAGAGACUUAUUAUAUUCAUCUCCGACAGAAUCAUCCCAACUGUCCAGUUCUCGCAAAACCUCACGAUAAACGACACUUCAAAUUCCGGAACGAACGUUUAAACUUAGCAACACGCACGCGCAGUGACAGCGAACUAAAACCGGAAGUGAAAAGCGAAGGGAAGUUGCACGUUGACCGGUUUUUAAGUAUGAGAUAACCUUUGAAAGUAAUCGCCUUUUGGGUUCCAACAAAUCAAUAUUUACAGAUAUUAUGAUCGAAUAUUAUGCCGGAGACACGAUUUCAGUGAUCAAAAUGUUGUGAGUGUAAUUUAUAGUUCCGUCGACUAACUGUUACCAUGUGAAAUGACUCAAUCACUCUCAGUGGUUCAGAAACCAGUGUGCCUGACUUUGAUUACCCGCUUUACAUAUCGUCCAGUCACUUUGAUUUAAAGCUUGCCAGAAAACAAAUAUAUAUAUUAUAUGUCCCAUUUGUUGUGAACUUCGUUAUAUUUUAUGUACGUUACGUUUUGUUAUUUGGAUAAUUUAGUCAAUACAUCCAUUUUUGUUUGAAGGUUGUUUUGUAUCUGCAUGAAAAUCUGGACUAUUGGUCUCAAGUCAGAGACAGAAACUCCGAUUGACUCCGUGGACUUCAGAAUGAUGCCUGUUAACUCAUUCACCCCUGAAAUUUCAUCAUGAACUAUUCCAACCUUUGAAUUGGAAGAGUUCAAAUGUGUCCUCAGGGGUGAAUGAGUUAAAGUUAUUCACCUAAUUUGUUUUUUUGAAGAUAUCAAUUUAAGCGGUAUAUAUGAGUUUUUUUAGCGAAACUCGUGUAUGAUGUAGUUGUAAAAGUGGUUUUAUUUUAUCUAAUCACACUCAAAUUCACAGAAGCUGUUGUAAAGUGUGCAAUUGAAUGUUUCGUUUUUUCUAUGGCAAGUAAAUAGCAAAUCAAAUCGAUUUAGAUCAGUAUUAAAUGGUGUUUUUUUGUGUAAUAUUUAUUUUUCCGUUAUAGGCCUAACCCUUUUGUAAGACUACACAAAGCCUCGUUCUGGUGUUGAUAUGUCUCCAUUUCCUUUUAUUUGGUGCUACAUGGAUUUAGUUUUUCUUGUUCAUGAAACAGUCAUUUUUCAUUUGGCUUGAAUAAAUUUUUCAAUGUAAAGUA